AUGAACAUUGGCACAAGGGCUGGGGCCGUCCCGUCCCUCGCAUUCAGGUUCGCCCUCGCGGUGUUUCAUCCCGAUAUGGAAACAGUAACGGCCGCGAGGCAACGGCUAAGUGAAGAACCGGCGCACUUGGGAAUUCGGGCCGCAGAACGUAUCAGCCCCAUGUGGCGCUCUUGGGAGAUGAAGGGCGUCUCCUUUGACGGGGACAACCCGCACGCGCACCCUGGCCAGGUCGUUCACACCCGCAAUCCAUCCGACACCAGCGACAACGACCUCUUUGUUCCCGUGAAGAUUGGGGUGCCAUUCAGUGUCGAGCCGUACGGGGAAGAUACGGAUCACGGUUCGACUUUCGGUUCGCCCACAACAUCUGUUGGCGGCCUCACAUUCUCCACGGCUUCCAUCGGACGCACGAACUCGUCGCCACCGCUCUGUUCUUCCUAUCCCUCGAGGGCGGUGGACUCGGACGGUGAGGUCGAAGCCCUAGCCUUAGCCAUCAAAGACUGGCACCUCGCAGACGAGGUGUUCGGCGAUCUGUUGGAGGAUCCAGAGUUUCCCCAAAUAUAUAACAAGCAAAUAGAACGUCGCUAUACCCAAGAACAGUGGGCAAUUCUAAGAGAGUACCUUGUCGACCACAAACAGCUUCUGCGAUAUCUUUGGUUCUACUACGACGAAGAUAUGGAGACGUUGAACGUAGGAGGACCGUCGGGCCUCCAUCAAAUUGCCACGAUGUCUACCUCCCACUCUGCCAUUCAGGUCCUAGAGCCAACUCUUCUAUCUGAGCACCAAUACCUCAAGGUUGACGGCGAGCGGAUCGUGAUCAACAAAUGGUCUGCUCAGAAAGCGGACUGCUUGUUAGCAGUCUCGUUCGUUGUGUUAGACCCAGAGAGCCAUGGGGUACUGAUUCACUCCAACAAAGACCUUAUUCUCGUGCAGACGUCGUACUCGCAGAGCCUCGAUAAAGUUCUGCAUAAGGUCUACAAGUCCAUGCCACCGUUGAACUCGCCCAUGCCUGUCGCGUACGUUAUCAUCAACAUCGAGGAAAGCGCCUACGUCGAUGACCCAAACGCCAAGCCUGGACCGCAAGACUUCAUACCGGGAGGCGGGUAUGCAAACGACGUUCUCUCAACCGGGUGGAAGAAGGGCGAGAACGCUUACGUCGGGCAAAUACGUGGCCAAUGGCUGAUGUUCAGAGGGACGGAGGAGGAGAGGAACAGGCUGAGAGAGGGUCUGCGUCUAAAGCGGACAGCGGCAGACUGGAUCAGGGAGGGUUUUGGUGUGGAUUUGUGUCACAAGUACGACACGAGUAACGUCCUGCAAGACCAGCAUGACGGGCUGUUUGCUAAAUGGGAAGAGGUCAUGAUCGAAUGUGCGCGUGUCAUCGGCGCACAGGCCGAUUCGUGCGAUCUAGACAUGGACCUUGCGGGCUUGCCCGAACGAACUCCACCGCCUCCGACACGCGUCCCGAUCGUUGAGGACCCCUUUCCCGUGGCCGUCAAGUUCAUAGGGAUGGGAGCGCAUCAAAAAGCGAUGGAUGACUACGCUAUGCAAAGCGAGAACCACCUCACUUCUUUCUCGGCCCAUACUCCAAGUCGAGAGGACACCGAGCGCGUCCGGAAGGCCUACAAGAGGUCUCGAGACAACGAUGUGCCUUCGCCUGAUGACAUCGCGGCAGUCGAGACGUACAAGAAAACACGUUUCGCGGACCCCUCUCCGCCCCUCAGCCCCUCGCUGCUAGCAUCCGACAGCUCGCUGGAGGAGCGUAGCUCCGAUCCUAUCGACCUUGCCUGCAGUGACCCACCGGAGCCGGUCAUUGCGGGGCAUGAGCUUGAACUCGACAGCUACAUCGCGGAUGACCCGCAGCGACGUUCGCGUUCGCGCGCAGCGGAAUUCGCAAAGCUAAAUUUUUUGAAGAAGUCUCACAACUCCGCUCUUCCGAAGCGUUCUCGAACGGCGGACACGUCGCACUCUCUUGCUGAAUCCCAGUCUGCUUGCUUCUCCAUGAGUCCGCGCCCUACGCGCACCACACGCUCCGCUGGCGCUGCCGGCAAGAAGGAUGGCAAGGGCAAGGUAGCCCAAUCGAAGCCGCAGUCUGGGUCCAAGAACAGCAAGGUCGGCUCAACCAAAACCAAGAAAAAAGGACUGUCCGCGAAAGAGCAGAAGGAGUUGCAAGCCCUGCUCAAGAAGCAAUCGCAAGCUGAAGAGGAGGAGGAGACGGAGCAACGGACAACGCUGCGCAAGAGGGUUCUUGCAGAUACUCAUGGCGAAUCGGACGCUGAGCAGGAUGCAGAGGAGGACGAUGUAGCUGUAGCUUCGCCGCAGCACAAGAAGGCGAAGAAGUCGACGGAGAGAGACGUCAGUGACGAGCCCUCGAGUGAUGCGGAAGGCAGGGAAGAGGGUAGCCAGAGGAAGGCGGGGCAGAACAGCGUAGAGUCCCCAGAGCAGAGACAGGCUCCUACACGCCCGAAGCCUACCCCAGCUUACGGGAAGAGCAAGAAGCAUGCGGGGAACCCUGACAUCGACAUGGUCGAAGCGAGUCCUCAGGCUACUUCACUCGCUACGAGCAUGGAUAAGCCGUCUACUGGGCGCAAAACGGUGCCGGUGCCGAUGCCGUCGUUGGACGACGGCGAGCGUGCAAUCGCCCAAGAUCUGGGUCUUGCGACGUCCAACAAGAAGCCAAAGGGCAAACAGGUUGAGGAGCACAUCUCCGAUGCAGACACAGACACUUCCGUCCCUCAAACUGAUGCGAAGAAGGCCAAGCUCAAACGGAAGAUGUUUGUAGUGCUUGAUUCCCCGAAGCGGAAGGCGGCCGACAAGAAGGGCGAGGCGAAGAACAAGAGCACAGGAUCGCUGUUCACCUACCAGAGCCAUUCCGAAGACGAUGACCAAGACCAGCUCAUGGAAGAUCAGUCAAGUGGUGAAGAAUACAACGACGAUGAUGAGGGCGACGAUGAGGAUGUUGAUGAGGAUGAGGAUGAUACCAGUGGUGAUGAUGUGGUGGUCGUGGAUGACAAGAAGGGCGGUAAAGGCGGGAAAGGCGGGAAGGGCAAGGAUCCGGCUAGCUCGGAGAAGGGUUCAGGUUCAGCUCGUGGUCGAGCAAAGGCUAGCGACAUACCGGUCCAUAUCAAGCCACUCGUCAACGUCGCCCAGAGUUGCCUGCGUCUUCGUCUGGCUCUCGACAACGCGUGGACGAUUGACUCUACGGUGCAUGGAGCUCGUCUUCCCACGAGCAUCACCCUCAUCAAGGGUGCCAUCAAAGAUGCACGCAACCACCGCGACAAGGAGGGCGGGAGGAUCCCGCUGUUGAAGACCGCCUUCGAUGCACUGAAGAAGGACUCAGCCGAGAGUUUGAGGAAGCAAGUGAACGCUGUAGUGUGGACGGCGGCGUCCCAGAUGCGGAACGAGGUCAAGAAAAAAGCCAAGAACAUCAUCGAGCACGCCUACGAUAUGUCGCGUCUGACGACACAGCAGAGAACGUCAUUGGCGCAGUGGCUUCUGAAGACUCACGGUGUCAAGAUCAAGAGCGUCGGCGAUCGUGGCGAUCGUCGCGAGCUGAGCCGUGCCAAUCGCGAGCUGCCUUUCCAGCACAAGGCGAUCGCCGACAUCAUCAGCCAGCAAUGGUUCCAGGGGCACAAGGAGUCGGGUGCCAGAGCUGCGGUCGAUCGCUUUCGCGCGGUUCCCGACAAUCUCAUCGCAUUUGUCUGCAACGCUAUCGAGGCGGCGCUGAAAGAUCUAGCAAGUGGAACACAGAUCCAGUUUGCUAACAAGCAGUAUGCACCGAAGUGGGACAGCCUCAUGGCUGUGCUCGAGCUCUUCAAGUCGCAAGCUCCUCAGUUAUACGAGGACACAAAGAAGAAGCUGUGGAGGGACAUUGGAGCUAGAAUUGACGACGUCUACGUCUCGAGUAGUGAAGGCGAGGACGAAGAAGACGAUGACGGCUACAUACCAUUCGCCCAGCUUGAGGCCAAGCAUAAGACGAGAAACGAGCCGUCGAAGGCCCCACACACUCCACCGGCGUCUUCAUCGUCGAAGGAUGUGAUUGCAUCGUCAAGUGGUGGGAAUGGUAAACCAUCGCCUAAGAAGUCUCCUCUUGUGUCGAAGGCAGGCGACGACACUACUGCUGGUCCUUCGAAGCUCUUGAAUGCAAAUGAUGAUGACGACAUCAUGAACGCUCGUGUUGAUCAAGUUGACAGUGCUGCCGAGGCUGGCCCUACUGAGACCUGA